GAAACUGAAACAAACGCGCUUAAACCAAGCCCCAAAAUGGUUAUUUCAACGGAGCGGUUUUACGGCUCACACCACCAAUAACCUCUCCAAAACCGUUUAAAAUUAAAACCCCUAUAUCUUUUGUUUCCCCCGGAAAGAUCACAAUUCGAUUUUAUUUUUUUUAUAUUAAUUUGAUUUGAUUUUAGAUUUUAGAUUUUGGAUUUUGGGGUUUUCUUUUUUCUUUUUAUCGUUGAAGAUGAUCAAUGGUGGUGAUCGUGUGAAAGGUUCAUGGAGCCCACAAGAGGACGCUAACCUGAUCAAGCUAGUGGAACAGCAUGGUCCCAGGAACUGGUCCAUGAUAAGCUCCUCAAUCCCUGGAAGAUCCGGCAAGUCUUGCCGGCUGCGGUGGUGCAAUCAACUCAGUCCCGCCGUGCAACACCGUCCUUUCACGGCUGCGGAGGAUGCUGUUAUUAUACAAGCGCAUGCGGUUCAUGGGAAUAAAUGGGCUACAAUUGCUAGGUUGUUGCCUGGACGUACUGAUAACGCUAUAAAAAAUCAUUGGAACUCGACUUUGCGUCGGAAACGAGAAACCGAGUUGUCGUCCGGGUCUUCGGAGUCCAACUCUGGGGUUAAACGGCCCAGCCAGGAUGCAUCGGAGUCUGAGUCGGGGAAUAAAAAGCAGUGCUUAGGAUUGGUGUUGCAUGAGCAGGGGCAGGAGCAGGAGCAGGAGAAUGUAGGGAUGUUGGACCCUAAGACGUUGCUGACGCUGUCCCCACCGGGAGAGAACAUGGAGGAGGAGGCAGUGGUGGUGGUGGUGAAAAGUGAGGAAAGCGGAGAGGAGAAACAGAGAGCGAUGGUGGACGAAACAGCUUGCUUGCUGAGCAUCAUGCAACGUAUGAUUAAAGAGGAGGUUAGGAGUUACAUUGAUAAAAUAAUAGCUGAUCAAAAUCCAUUAAAAUGAAUGUUACAAAACCACCCAUCUUUCGCACUCUCUUAAUUUGCUUUCCCGUUUUCUCUUAAGUUUAUAUUUUUUUUAGUUUGUAAUGCAAUAAUUUAGAACACAUAUGGAAAUCAUUAGUUUUGGGCUGUUUAA